AUGGCAUUUUAUGUGCCAUUUAGUUCGAGCCCUCCCCCUUCAACUCCCGGUAUAGCCCGGAGCGUUGCGUCGAACCCGUCAACCACCCCCGCUGGUCCGCCUCCCUCGACCACCCCGGCUGGCCCUCCCCCGUCAAGCUACCUCGGGAGUUCGAAGCUGGGAAGCACCAAGGCCAAGUUGAACUUUGGAGUCACUUCAUUUGACCAAUCUGUGGAUUCACAAGAUUCAGAGGACUUCUUAACGUCCUCAACCAUCUCGUCCAACUUCCCAUUACCCCGGACAAGUACUAAAGGUCCCACUCAAUUUGUUCCCCGUAACGCAUUCAUAUCUACCGGGAAUCGGUCGCUUCGAGAGUCAGAUGGCAACGUACACUCUACUGAAGCAAGUAGAAGUUUUGACUCUUACUCUGACGUUGAUCAAGACGAUGACAUGGGGGAUAGCCAGACCGGAUUCCUAGAUUCACGAUUCAAUGCUUCUAUAAAUUCACAACAGCCUCUUCCCUCGAAUAAGCCUUUCAUAUAUUCCAAUCCCGGUGUAGCAAAACGAGCAAAGCUGGAUGAAAUGUGGGCGCAACCGUCGUUGCCACCAAGCAUCAAGCCCAAAAUAUCACCGAGAAAGAAAAGUUCAAUGUUUCCACCAAUUGCCAGCGGCCUAGUUUCUAGGUCGAAAAUUGCAAUGGUUAAUGAACCAGAUGACCUUGUUCUCGGCAGUGAAGAUAUAGUUGGCCGGAUGUACGACCAGGUUCGGGAUUUCGAAUAUGAUGACGAUGGUCUUCAACAGACGUUAUGUGAGAUUUCCAAUGAUCUUUUAGACUUGUGGGAACGACACACGGCAUCACCACCAGAACUAAGGCAAAACACACAAAACGCGAGCAUCGGCCCUGAAGACUCUUCUCCAAAUCUCGUGAAGGCGAAUUUUCUGGGCUCUCUUCUCCUUCCACUACACCAUCCCCCGCUUCAACAAACGGGACAAGAUGGUCCUUCUACUCGCCCUGGUGCUGUACGUGCCUUUGCGCCCAAAACACCUAAGGCUAAAAUUCCAAUCCCCAAGGUUCUCUUUGACUGGAUGAAUCGUUACCAUAUUACACAAGUACCUACCCCAAGUGCAGUCAUGGGCCAUCAACCGAACCCUUCUGCAUCCCCUGUAUUCUGGGAUGCUGUUCAAAGUUCAAUAUUGCGGGGAAGUUUGCCUCCUGUUAUUACAUUACUGAACGGUGCGGAUUUUAAUUACGCUAGGUCGGCAAUGGAAGAUGGCCAUGAACAACCAGGCUAUAGGGGUGCCCAGCUUCAACACAUCCAGCAAUGCGUCAACGGUGCAAUACAGGUUCUUAAAAACUCGCCAGGUGUUCGAAACGAUGAUUGGGAUAUUAAGAGCUUCAACUGGGCUAUGUACCGAAAGCAGAUUGCCUCCGCACUUUCAGAACUUGAGGAUCUGGCGGAAGGUCAAGAUCGCCUACACGAAAAACAGGAUCAGUUCCAAGCGCCAAAUUUCGGUAUAUUUAACCAGCGAACCGCGGCGCCCUUGACCCAGUCUACACGUAUGGCGGAGAGCAAAGUCCCCUGGACCAUUUAUCAAAAUCUAAAGACCAUGUACAAUAUUAUGCUUGGGGAUGUCCAAUCUAUAUUGAGUAAAUCACAGGACUGGGUAGAAGCCACAAUUGGUCUUACUGCAUGGUGGGAUGGCGAAGAUGAUAGCGACAUAUCCACUAGAAAAGCCGAUCUCAACCGAAGCAUAUCGAGACGCUCUCAGUCGCAAGCGCCCCGUUCUGUCGAUUCGAACACUGUGGAGGCAUACCUGCGGCGGCUAGACUAUUCGUUUGCCAACGUUACGGAAAAUGUGGGAGAGGGUGGGUUUCGUGUCAAUUCGAUGAACACCAUGGAAGUUGGCUUGGUUUCAAUCUUUGAAGGUAACAUCGAUGGAGUCCUCAAAAUGUUGCGAACUUGGUCACUUCCUAUGGCGUCUGCCAUUGCUGAAGUUGCAAGCUUUGGUGAAUGGCUGGACACUUCCGCAGGCUCUAAGCCGAUGCCAGGUUUCAAUGAAACUGACCUUAUGGUCUUAAGCUACGGGCAGGAUGAGAAGCCACUCCGCAAAGAUGAUCUUCUGAUUAAUUACGCUACGGGCCUCCUGGAUCGAAAACUAUUUGAGAGUGGUACUGGGGUAAGAGAUGGAUGGGAAGUUGCACUUGAGGUUUUAAGCCGUCUUGACGAUCAGGAGACCAUGAAGGCGAAAGUUUCGGAGUUUCUUGACCGUAUCCCUCUUGAUACGACUGAACAUAUGGAUAAGAUUGUUCUACUAUGUUCUGAACUCGGGUUCAAUGAUGAAGGUCGCAAGGUUUCUGAGCGAUAUGGGGAUAAAAUAACAGAGUCAUCUGAAGACUACGGAACAGCUCUCAUAUGUUAUGCAAGAGCUCACAGCUACAAAAAGGUGAAGAACGUUGUGGACCUUCUUACUUCAUUUUGCCUCGUCCGAUCCACUGCUUAUCCCCCCGCUCCUGAGCUCGACACUCAACUUCGAUCACUACUUUAUAAUCCACAAGCUGUGUUAUCCACAAUCGCAGCCGUCGACCAGGAGGCAGCCGGAAUGCUCCAGUUCUACUUCUGCGGAUACGCAGCUGUGAGACGAUUCUAUGACAUCCGUGACGAAGAAGUCAAUCUGCUAAAAGGCGAGCGACCAAAACAUCGCCCUUUAGCCAGGAGGAGAGCUGCCGCUGAAACCUUAGUUGCUGUCAUUCGCAGUGCGGCGGACAGUAUCUACGGUGGAUUGUAUGACGGGGAUAGGAAAACAUCCGUUCAAGUUGAUGGUUUGUUGGUCUUGCUUGGGGAAGCUCUUGUAUUUGUAGAUGAGCCAAACCGCUUCCUCUCAACUGAUCAGCUAUUUACCAUUCUUGCGGCAAUCGAAGAUCUCCAAUCUGUCACAUCACGUGUUUACGACCAGUGCGAAAGUUGCCUCCAAUCUACCCUAUAUCACUACUUCAACUACGAUGACCCAGCCGGCACAUCAUUCGGUGACCAAUCUGCCCAGUCCUCGCUAACGUCAUCUUUCGCUGCCCCUCCACGCAAUCUUCUAAAAAAGUCAGUCUCAUCACUGACCGCAGUUAGUGGCUUUUCGCUCAUCGGCAGUGAGAUGCUCGAGUCACAGAGCCGUCAACGAGACGGUGGACCAUCUUCUGUUGAGAACUCAGGUGUCCUUGUGGAACGUCCCAAUGAGAAGCAACAAGGGGGAGCAAAUGUGAAAAGGGGAUGGGACUGGAGAGCCAAGGUCCCCAAGGAAGUGAAGGGGGAGGAUAUUUUGAAGACUUUGAGACUUCAAAUAGCCAAGGGUUUGAGUUUUGGAGCUCUGGGGUCUUAA